AUGUGGGCAAAACCUCAGGUGCAGGCGCACCACCUCAAAUCCCUCGCGCCUCCGUCGCCACCGCCGGCGGCUUUUGGGCGGCGGCUCUGCGGGACGGUUGUGUUCCCAUCACUGCCACCCGCCCCCAAGAGGAAUCCUUCUCUCCGGGCAGGUCUGUUCGUCGCCUCAUCCCUUCUGUGUUCACGUCUCUGUAUCUUUCUUUAGUUGUUACUGAGACGCCGGGGGGGAAAAUCGCGUCAGUUUCAGGUAGGACCAGAGAAGAGGACACUAGUGAAGAGGGCGGGCUCCCCAAGGAGUACUAUGACGAGGUAACUGAGUGCUGGGGAAUUUCUGAUAUCUAGUAUUUACUUUCCCUUCUUUUUUCUGUUCAUGGUAUCUCUAUGCUGAUGCUUGCUCCAGUCCACCGACAUAUUUAUGCUUUUCCGGGUGUCAAAUUUCUGCUUGUAUGUUCUUGCCAUGAAAGACAUUUCCUAGUUUCAAAUAAUUGGAAGCCUUCUUGGGAACCAAUGAUUUUGUCUUUGGUUGCACUACAUCAGAAGUCAAGGUUGGUAAUGGGUACGGAUUGCUUUUGGAAGAGAUUUCGUGCUGGUGCUCAGGAAUGCCUGUUUUUGCAGGGAAAAUGUUCUUGCAUUUGAUAAGAUAACCAAAUGUUCAACAAUCAAUAGUGGAAAUUUGUAUGAAGACUAAUUACAUAUAAUGAACGUCUGAUUGCAAGAGGAAGUAUAUAUAUAUAUAUAUAUUAUCGUGCUCAUCCCCUACAUAUUCAAACAUUCAUUCAUUCACAAUUUUUUGAUCAUGCAUAAUAAUUGAAGGUGUUUUGCAUGUUACUCCAUUUUGUAUAUAUUUUUGGUGUCGUAUGCUCUUGUUCUUUGCCUUCUCUAUUUUUUUUUUUUGGCUCUCGUUAUUAUCAUUAUAUCCCUCUGAUCAAUUGAGACUGGAAUCCUGAAGACUCGGUUUCCUAAAUGAUAGUAUCUGAUUCAAUGGAUCUCUCUUCACUGGGAGUGGUAGUGACUACCUCUUGAUCGUGGAACACGACAAAGAUGCAAGAAUUAGAGGGCUAACACAAAAGGAAACUCGUGUAAGUCUUAUCAGAAACAGUCAAGUUUGUCAAAACUUGAUUUUCAAAUUCUUACAACCCAUCUUCUGCUUAUGGAGAUUAGAUAUAACCUCUGCACACAAGACUGAAAAGAUACCCAUACGUCAUUUCCCAAAUAGUUAACAUUGAAAUUUCUUAACCCCUGACUUCUCAACUCCCCAUUCUCACAAUUGGUGAGAGAAUACUAAGAGAGAACGUACAUCCUCCUUUAUAUUCAUUAAUGUGAUAAUAACACAUCAAGGUUUCAGCUCUUCCUCCUUGUCUCUUCACAACUCCCAAAACGUGACAUUGCACAUCCUUGUCCACAGCACGGGUUUUUUAACAAUAUCCCAUUUAUUCGGUUCAAUGGUUGAUUAACUUCUAACCCAUGUCGGACCUUCAUCAUCCCAUUAAUUGGAGUCAGAUGGUUCCUAUUAUUUCAUUAUUUAGUAGGUUCAAAUUUCCAAAAGUUAGCUUUGUUCCUACUUUGCUUUGCCAGCUUUGAGCGUGAAAAAGGUAUUAGGUCCCAACUAAGCUCAGUCGCCGAACUAGUUUCUUCUACUUAAUCUGUUUCAGUGUCUAUUCACUUCAGUAUCCUCUCAGUUGGUAAAGCAUUGUUGGUGCACCUAGUUAUUACACUGAUCUAUUGUUUUCUUUUCUCAAAAGUUAAAAACCUUGGGGUGCGCAUUUAUUGCAAGCUUCCUUCCUUGUUUUAAUUUACAGUUCUCACCUUGUUGAUAUUUUCUCUGUUGAUACUUAACUGGGCUCUUUCACAUUUGAAAGGAAUGGCAAGCACGGCAGCGGGAAAAAACAAAGGAGUGGCAUGCAUAUCGCGACAAGGAAGAAGAAAAAGAGAAUAUGAAAGUUGAUGAAUAUCGUGAAAUUGGAAUGCGUUUGAAGGGAUACCCUGAAGAAGAAGUUCGGAAAGCAAAAAUAUUAGUUUCAAACUUCAUAAGAGCUGCAGAAGAAGUUGAGGAGGUAAACUGGUCUUCAUAAUCUGGUCAUUGUUUAUGCAACUGUGUAUUCAAUAUACUGUUUUCUGCAUAAAGCUCACGUCAUAAUCGGUUUCACUUUUAAGUUGGACUAUCUUUUUGUUAAUAUUACGUCCUAAUUAGAUUAAAGUUUAUGUUAUUUUGGUUACAAGGAUUAUGACUACUAGGGCAAAAUUAUACAUAAGUAUAUUUUCAUGAAGAUUAUGUGAUGGAUAUAGUUUUAUUUGCUGAAGAUGAGACCAUUGAAAGUUUAUAAGUGCAUAGAUUGGUCAUUCUUAUUUCACGUGUUCUUAAUCUACUUUUUUGUACACAUUAACUAGUGGAUUUUUCUAGUUCGUAAAAAACUUGUUCUUUUUCAUGUUGAAUAUUUCCUUUAAUAAUGCAUAAUUUAAAUAUAAAAAUUGACUGGAAAAAAAAGCCUGCUUAGAUACCAUGAUCAUUCCAGAAAAAGGAAGAAAUGAGAAACUAGUCCAGUUGGCAAUCUAGACGUGUUGGCUCCCCAGAAGUUUUAAUGGCUGUCGAGAAAUUAUCAUCUGCAUCAAUCAUGUGAGCUUGAAUCAUGUUAAAAUGGCUUAAUUGAUGCAUACCUAAAUGAUUCCGAAAAUCAAUUUAGGAUAAGAAAUAAUUGUAAAGCUGGGAAGAUUAAUUAGAGUGUUUGAUGCCAAUUGAAUUAUAAACAUGCUUAAGAAGGCACACUUAUACCCUCUAUAUUAAAGUUUGUAAAAACCAAUAUUGUAGAAAAUAGUUGAGAUGAGAGAUUGAUAUAGUAGAUGUAUUAAUUAGAUAAUUUCAUCAAUGUUUUGAGGUCAUUAAACUAACAGUCGGUUCGAAGGCAAAGUAGCCAAAUGACAACUUUAUAAGCGUGUUAAAAUAAUUUUAAGAGUUAAAAAAUAAAUGAGAAAUAUUUCAUAAAAAAGAUUAUCUAUGUUUAAUCACAACAAGGCUAGAUCAGAUCAGUAAACAGUUUAUUUUCGUUGUUAUCUCUUAGGUUCGAUCAUAGAAUACAUUGGGUGCUCCAAGUAAAACCUUCCACUAGGUUUAUUGCAACUUGCAUGUUAGCUUCCUAGAGAUAUUGAUAAAACCUUCUCCAUAGCCAAGCUUUGCUGAUGGGAGUCAGUCAGAUGGUGUGCGAACCCUUCCAAAUAUGUCAUAAGCCUUGUAAGUCUUGAUUAGGAUUUGAAUGUGCUGAAAAUGAAUAAAAUUCAGUGAAAUGAAAUUCAAACAAAAACGUAUUUAUUUUUUAUGUGGAAAUAGGGUUUCAGUCAAAGGAGGACACAUGUAAUCGGUAAAAAAUAUAGUUACAAAAUUAACGUUCAAUUGGCAAUGAAAACCUGGUCCAAUGCUGUCUCUCUUUCCAAUUUGAAUAUUGAGCUUGGAGGUCUCCAACUCUCGGUUGCAGCUCCAGAUUUCUCUCUCGUCAAAUGUAGGUUGAAAAUGAUUCUCCAACCAAAAUGUUUCCGAUGCUGAUUGAGUUAAUAAAGAAGGGUUACUUGUGGCCAGCGAUCACCAUCAUGGGAGGAGGCAGCUACUGGCAGGCUAAAGAUCUUCCCUAUAUUUCUCUCUUAUUCAUGGUUUGGAGAAGGGGGCGGGGUGUGUGGGUUCUUGAUUUCAGAGAAUAUUUGCUGCUUUUUGGUGUUUACUAUUUGACAAUCGUAGGAAUAAUUCAAUAGUUUGUCGGCGUACUCUCUUUGACCAACCUACUAUUCAAUUGAGAAGGUAAAAUUUAUAAUAAUAUAUUUGGUGCACAUGACAUAUUGGACUGUGUUUUGGCAACCAUACCUCAAAAUUAUUUGUACCUCCACUUGUAUAUUACCCCUUAGGGAAUUUGACUGAUAGAGUGCAUUUUCUCUCUCCUCAUGAAGUCUUCUUCAUCUGUUCCUCACUUUUUGGUAACUGGUUCCCUCUAAACCAUAGAAAAAUGCAUUUAUCAUAUUGUACCCAUUGUAUUCAAGUUUAGAAUCUUGGAUGUCCUAAUGUCAGGUAACAUGCAGAUCUAGACGGAAUUUCAGACUUAAAAACGGUAUCUGGAUGAAAUCUUAUUUGUUUACCAAAUUGUAUUUUUUAUGAGGAUAAUUAGAUAUUUUAGGCCGCACCUCCUCGUAGUUUCGGGGAGGUGAACGAUUUUAUGAUCUUUUAGCUUUUGCGCUCGAAAAAUAUACGCUUAAUUUGCAAGUUAUUCUUCAGGGUCGACUAAUUAAGGAAUGCAUACUCUCCUUCACUGUUCCACCUCCUGUUGUUUGUGUUUUGUAUUAUCUGCAUGGUAGGAACUCAUGAAAAUUCUUUGAUAAAUAUAACUCUGACCUUGUUCUUUCUGAUUAUUUUUCUGUGUAGAAAAUUGAGGAAGCUGCUGAGAAUGGUGAACUGACUGAGCUUGUCCUGCUGGUCAUAUGGAACCGUUUAGAUCUGGCUCGAAGAGAUGUAGGCGAAGCUUAUUACAUUGAUUUUUCAAUCUAUUUCCUCAAUUGUGCACUCCUCCCUUUCUUAUGCUAUCAUAUGCCGCAAGACUUUAGAAUCUACUCUUUAGGUUACAGAGUCAAUUCAGAGGAUACCCUGUUAAUUGCUAGUGUUUGAUGUUUACAUCAUUGUUGUAAUUGGUAGUUCUUAUCAUCACAGUCAUUUCUUUUCAUGUUUGAUGAACAUUUAUCUUAAGAAAUUCUAGACAACAAAGGGGAGAACGGCGAAGUCAUGGAAUUUAAGUUUGUUGUUUUAUUCUAUUUAUUUGAACCAGCUAGUCUGGACUAACCUUUUUAUAGAUUAAAUUGCACUGCAUGAGUGCAUGAACUUGGGCUUGUUGUUCAUAGUUCAAUUGACUUAUCCGGCAUGCCCACAAUAGAUCCUAGAAUCAUCUCUGCCGUAUUGUCUUGUAACGGAUACGAUGUUUAUUCGUUUUAAUCCUCAACUUUAGUUUCUGAAGUUUUGUGACCAGUUGCAUGGUUCCUCUUGAAUAAGCUUGUCAUGGUGCGAAAAAUCAUAUUUCAUUCACUUGAUUUAUUUAGAAGAUAGGUUUUCCAUACCUUUUUUCAAAAAAAUGAGAUAUUUAUAUUCAACCUUAAGACUUACUGUAGACAAGUUGAGAAGUUAGCAUAUGACGAUGUUGCAUUGUUAUGUUUUUCUUGCUCUGUUUCCAAUUACUACAGUUUUAGUUUCCUUACAUCAGGGAUUAUGUUUCUAUGAAAUAUCUAAUAUAAUUGCUGUAGGGCGAAUUUAGAAUUUGAAAGGAAAGUGUGAAACCCUCAAAAAGUACUUUUUUUGUCAUAAACAGCAUUGCUAUUUUGGCUUAUUCUUGAUUCUAAUUCAAUUUAGCAUGUAUGUUUUUAGUUUUUAAAAAUCGUUUAUUCAUAAUUUUUCUACAUCACAUCUUAAUGUGAGGUAGAAUUGUUUUUAUAAGGUUAGGCUUUUUAUUUAACGUUGAGGCCUAACUUAUUGAUAUAUGGUAUGUACUCAGGAGGAGAGAGAUGCCAUCAGGAGCUUAGAUCUUUUAUACCGGAGGGUAGAGGUAAGUGGUUUCACUUGUAAUGUUGUUACGAUAACUAGACUACAUGAUCAAAUAUUUCUUGAGCAUGCAACUUUUAGUCAUUGAUAGCUUUCUAACAUGCCAAAUUCAGUAUUUAUCGUAUGUUGCAAUUAAGCGCGAGCAUAUGAUGCAGAAGUUGCUUGGUAUCUACUCUUCUUUGUUUUAGACAGAAAUAUUGAAAAGAGAAUCAUCGCCAUCCAUGCGUUUGCUUAAUGAUCUGCUGAAUCUCCAUGAUGGAUUUGAUGAUGAUGAGUGGCUGAAGACAUGCAGAAAAUGCAUGAUUGAUACAUUUCCAGCAGAGGAUCCUUUCAGUAUACUUGUUCCAGCGGGAUUUGAUGUAGAUACUGUAAGGCUAUCCACCUUAUGUCCAUGACAUGAUUAUCUUUGCUCUUGGCUGAACAUUUUAUACUUUCUUAUAAGAAUUUUUAUGAGUGACUAAAUUCUCACCACCUGAAAUUUCUUACUCAUGACUAAUCGUUUGUAUUAGUUUCGCAUCUCGCAUGCUUGAAAUUUUUGCUUAGUAUUGAAUUGCGACUGAGAACUAAAAGCAAAAUUUUGGAAAUAAUACCUUUAUUCCACGAGAUGUAUUGGCUGCUGUGGAUCAUGUAUUCUGUAAAAUUUUAAUCGACUUGAUCUGAUUAAGCUAUAUUUCAUAUGUCAAGGUUUGAAGGAGUUGUAACCCGUAGAAUUAUUACAACUCUAAUGCCCUAUUUUGACAGUGUCGAAAAUUCUAGGAAGAUAGAGAAUAGAGAGGAUAAAUCCUACCUUGACUUGUGUUUGUCAGAUAAAAGUUCCUCAGAUCCUGCCCCUAUGCUGGAUUCAGUGUUUUUGCGUUUGGGUAUGAGACAAAAAUAGCUAAUCAAGUAUUUGAGUAGUCCUUGAUGAGAGUGGGAGAUUAUAGGUUCAUAGGUGUAGUCAUGUCAACAUAUGUUUCUAUUAUAGUAAUCAGGUUUACCGACAGUCUUUCAUGUCAAGAUUAUACGCUGCCUUCAAAUGUUUUGAGCAUCCCUUACACACAGAACAUGUUAGGCUGCGGUAUAAAAUGGCGCAGGUUUAUUUUAGGACUAAGUACGGUUUAAAAGGUUCAGAACAAUAUGAAACAAGCCUUAAGGUAUCUAAGUAUACAAGGACGAAUCGAAAACCCACAAUAUGAACAUGGGUAUGGCAUGUGGGUCCUACCAGAGUUUCCACUCUGGGUAAGAUAAGUCUGAGAUGAACACCAUACCUAAUGUAAUUAGUGCAUGUCAUGAAUUGUUCAGUUACCCUCUCUAAGUUGAUGUUAUUUGCUAAAAAUGUUGGUGAUCUGUCAACGCAAAUUGUUUGGAUUAUCUCCAAUAGCUGAGAGUGUAAACAAGAGAUCAUUAUGCCGUGUCGUUUUCAUUCCAAUAUUUUUCUCAGAAAUAUUUACAUCCCCACUACUGAGAUUUCUGGUCAGAAAAUAUCUUCCGUUAAUUGAGAUGCUUUUCUCUUUGACCAGCAUCACGGCCGCAUCGAGCUCGAGCCAGACAACGAUGAUGUUCUGUUGAGAGCAGAUUUUAUCAGGGAAGUGGAUGCGCUGCUCCAGGAGGUCCGAAGUGAGCAAGAAGACGACCGGCCCGCCGAGGGCCACGACGCCGAGUCCGUGGCUAACAUGCUGAAGCAGCACGAGAGGCAGCGGACUAUACGCCAGGUGGAAGCCCUGCUCGAUUUGGCAGUAACAUUACAGUGGUGA